UUCUUUGCUUCCUUCCGAUUGAGUUCACUCUCUCCACCCCGAUGGAAAUGGAAACGCUUCCCAACGGCAACUCCGCCACCACGGCAGUAUCCGCCGCCGUCACAGUUCCGUCGUUGAAGCUGACUCAGUUGGCGGAGUCUCUAAAACUUGAACACCAGUUCUUGAGAGUCCCCUUCGAGCACUACAAGAAGACGAUUCGCGCCAACCACCGCACUGUCGACAAGGAGAUGUCAGCUCUAAUCUCCGGCGUCGGCGAUGCCGCCGAUGGAGAUCUGUCUCGAGACCAGGCCGUUCAGCAUCUUAAUUCACUCGUCUCCAGAUUGCAAGGUCUCAAGAGGAAGUUGGAAAACGGGAAUCAUACAGAGAACUUGCAGGCGCAGAGGUGCAGAGCUUGUCUUGAACACUUAGAAUCAGCAGAUUUGGGGAAUCUAUCUGAAUGGAGUAACACAAGGUUGAAGCGGAUACUUGUGGACUACAUGUUGCGAAUGUCUUAUUAUGAUACUGCAAUAAAGCUGGCAGAAAGCGGCAACAUACAAGAUCUUGUUGAUAUCAAUGUGUUUCACGAUGCGAAAAAUGUUGUUGAUGCUCUUCAGAAUAAGGAGUUAGCUCCUGCCCUUGCCUGGUGUGCUGAUAACAAGUCUAGAUUGAAGAAGUCUAAGAGUAAAUUCGAAUUUCAGUUAAGACUUCAAGAGUUCAUAGAGUUGGUACGAGCUGAAAACAACUUGCGAGCUAUUGCAUAUGCCCGAAAGUACCUUGCGCCAUGGGGAGCUACCCAUAUGAAAGAACUGCAGCGGGUUGUGGCCGCACUAGCUUUUAAGAGUAGUACUGAAUGUGCAGAAUACAAGGUUCUAUUUGAAGCAACGCAGUGGGAUUACCUAGUAGACCAAUUUAGACAGGAAUUUUGCAGGAUAUAUGGCAUGACCCCGGAGCCUUUGCUGCAUAUAUAUCUGCAAGCAGGCUUGUCUGCUUUGAAAACCCCAUUCUGUUACAAGGACGAUUGCACCAAGGAGGAUCCCUUGUCACAAGAGAGCUUCCGCAAAUUAGCACUACCAUUACCAUUUUCCAAGCAGCAUCAUUCAAAGCUCGUCUGCUACAUAACUAAAGAGCUAAUGGACACGGAGAACCCCCCACUAGUCUUACCAAAUGGCUUCGUCUAUAGCACAAAGGCUGUUGAAGAAAUAGCGGCGAAGAACAAUGGUAAAAUCACUUGUCCGAGGACAGGUUAUAUCUGCAACUAUUCAGAUGUGGUCAAGGCAUACGUCACUUAAGAUCACAUUUCAUGACAGACAGUUCUACGGUUUGAGAGCCUGAAUCUGUUGGGUUCUCGACAAAACACCGGUUGAUUUCCCAGUUGAAGGACUUUGCAUGGGUAAUUCUUGCUUCUCACACCCAUGACACAAUUAAGGAUUGAAGACCUACUACAUGUAAAUAUAUAUGCAAAGACUUGAAUAUUUGUAAUUACUGCCUGUUAUAGAAUAAACACAAAUGUAACAAAAGAUCUGUGUUAAACCCAAGAUGUUUUGCACUAAAAUUUCUAAUGCCAACCUGCACAAUAUUGAUUUGAGCAAAAGGCUGCUGUAAAUUUCAUUUCAAGACUGCUUGAUCAGUUUUAUUUUUUUAUUUUUAUAUAUUUCUUGGCAAGAAACA